AUGAUGCUGGUGAAGCCUCAUCAGGAGCCAGCCAGGGCCAGAGGGACCAGUCCCAGCAACACUGCAUCCUGGCCGGAGGCCUCUAGCCCCGUCGGAGCUGACUGCGCCAUGAUGCUGAUGAAGCCUCAUCAGGAGCCAGCCAGGGCCAGAGUGACCAGUGCCAGCACCACCGCAUCCUGGCCGGAGGCAGCUAGCCCCAUCGGAGCUGACUGCGCCAUGAUGCUGGUGAAGCCUCAUCAGGAGCCAGCCAGGGCCAGAGUGACCAGUGCCAGCACCACCGCAUCCUGGCCGGAGGCAGCUAGCCCCAUCGGAGCUGACUGCGCCAUGAUGCUGACGAAGCCUCAUCAGGAGCCAGCCAGGGCCAGAGGGACCAGUCCCAGCAACACUGCAUCCUGGCCGGAGGCCGCUAGCCCCGUCGGAGCUGACUGCGCCAUGAUGCUGAUGAAGCCUCAUCAGGAGCCAGCCAGGGCCAGAGUGACAAGUGCCAGCACCACCGCAUCCUGGCCGGAGGCAGCUAGCCCCAUCGGAGCUGACUGCGCCAUGAUGCUGACGAAGCCUCAUCAGGAGCCAGCCAGGGCCAGAGGGACCAGUGCCAGCACCACUACAUCCUGGCCGGAGGCAGCUAGCCACAUGGGAGGUGACUGCGCCAUGAUGCUUUGCAAAGCUCCCGCUCGCCCUGAACGUCCCCAGACACAGGUUUGCGCGAUGAUGCUCAGCAAGCAAGCAGAGCAAGUGCAGCCAAGAUCUCUGGCCAUUUCGUGGCCAGAUGCAGUAAGCCCCUUCCACGCGGAGCAAUGUGCGAGGUUGCUCCAUGCAUUCUAA